AUGGAGGUUGAGGUCGGAGCCGAGCUCUGCUUUCCACAGUUCCCAAACACCUCCUGCAUAAAGCCCUUGUCUCCUUGGCCCCAAACACUUACCAUUGUGUUCUACUCCAUCUCUCUGAUCACUGUGGCUCUCAACCUGCUCAUCAUCCUCUCAAUCUCCCACUUCAGGCAGCUCCACACACCCACCAACAUCCUCCUCCUCUCUCUGGCUGUCUCAGACCUUCUAGUGGGCCUUGUGCUGAUGCCUGUAGAAGUUCUCCGAAAAACAUCCUGCUGGUUUCUUGUUACUGUCAUCAUAGCUCUGUAUCUGAGAGUAUUUGCCGUGGCUGUGUCUCAGGCUCGUGCCAUGCGCUCUCACAUUACAGCGGUCACGCUCCAGCUUUCAGUGACUCCAAAGGCAAAGAAAUCUGAGCUGAAAGCAGCCAGGACUCUUGGUGUUCUUGUACUUGUGUUUCUAAUAUGUUUCUGCCCAUAUUACUGUUUCUUUAUAAUCCAUCUGUUCUAUUUAAACUCUUGUCUAAACCCUGUGAUCUAUGCCUUGUUUUAUCCCUGGUUUAGAAAAGCAGUUAAACUCAUUGUAACUCUU